AUGUCACACGUCUACAUCCUGACUCAGACAGAAUAUAAGCACUACGAAGAUUACGAGAGGGAAGAGAACAAAGACGUAGUAGUUCUAGAAGUGUACACGACUGCCAAAGCAGCCAACGAGGCGGCCAAAGAUUGGAUCGAGGAAUAUUUCGGUGAUGGGGAUAAUGAAGUCGAGCAGGAUGGGGAUGGCUGCGAUACAUGGACUUGCAGACUAGAAGAAAGGGACGAUCAGAGUCAUGUUAUCAUCUCUGUUGUUAUGAAGGCGUUGUAUGGGGAGCCAGAAGACAGCGRAGUCGACGGUGAAGAGGAAGAAGGAGAGAGCGAUAAUGAGGAGCCUAUCGGGCAAGCCAGUAGUGGGCCAAGCGAAGGUCAAGAACCACCGACCAAGAGAGCGCGUCAGGGAUAG